AUGAAAGUAGUUUUGACUUUAGUAGCCAUGUUUGCUCUAUGUGAGUUUGUCGCAGCAUGGUUCGACUAUAGUGUUCACUUUGGUGAUUGUUUUACCAUUAAUGAUGUGACUGAUGACCACUCAUACCAAUUAUCUUGGAGCGGUUAUGAUCACUUUAGAGGUUGUAAAGUUUCUUUCCAUGGUUUUGAUUCGGAAAACCCUUUAGACAGUUAUAAAAUAUGCAUAAAGGCAACAAACUGGAAUAUAGUUAAUUCCGGAGUUAGUUUAAAGUAUUACAGCGGAGGGUUUUCCACCUCUACAUUUAUCGAAAAGACAUACUCCAGAAAUUAUGGUGAUCCAACAUACAAAUGGUGUGCAGACCCAGACGACUAUGUAGAUAUAAUGCUAACGACUUCUUCGUCUAGUUCAUUUCAAGGGCAGAUAACCUUGGAAGUUACAGCUGUAAAGACGUACUCUUAUUACAACUAUGGAGGAACAGUUGGUGGCGCUGUCGGAGGAGUUUUUGUCCUUGUUGCUGUAUGUAUUAUCAUUGGAAUUGCCUGUAGAAGGCGUUCAUAUGUGAGAAAAACAACAUCAUAUGGAGCUCCUGCUACCUCUGUUAUUGCACAAUCUGGUUCUCAAUACCAGGGAGGAUACAGUAAUCCGGGAUACCCACCAGGUCAUGCAGCCCAUCCUGCCUAUUACCCUUCUUCUAAUACUGGUUACACGGAUCCAAAACAGAGCUACCAGAAUUCGACGCACUAUCCAACAAGUGGACAACAACCACCUCCGUAUGCGGUAGCGGGACAACCAGAUACAUAAUACAUGACUUGAUUAUUUUGGAUGACAUACUAUUGUGAAUUCAAAGUUUUUCUAUAUAAAUAUUCGAAUAUAUCAAAUUGAAUUUGAUUUGAUUCUAAUAAAAAUUCAAGUAACUUUACAUCUCAUAAGGAUAUAUACAAAUCUAAUACUUGUAUUGAUACUGAAAAAAUAUGUCUAUGAUAUUGUUCUGAAAUGGUACAAAUAAACUCAUAAUAGACACCAGGACUAAAACAAGAUACUCGAAUAAGAGAACUUUAAUUAUGGAUUGACAUUACCUGAUGAUAUUAUGGGAUUACAGAUACAAUAUUUUAUAUCAAUAGUUUAACCUUUAAAAUGCAUAUGUAGUUG